AUGACAAUGGCCAACAUCAACACUGCCACCACGGAAAUAAAGCACACCGCAUACAUCACCAUCAUUAUAGACGCUGAUCUAUAUAUAAGUAUGCUGAACUCGGUGAAAAUUGCUGCAGUUGUUAGGCGUUACAAUCUACGACGAUGUUUCCAUGGUCACCACCACACAUACAACACGCAGCCAAAAGUCCAUCGCAAUCACCAGACCUUCCUCAUCCCUUUCGAUGUCCAAGAAUACGUCAGUCCUGAUGACCCAUUACUAAACACUUGGAAUAUUCACAUUCUGUAUCGGACCCUACAAAGGCCAAAAGAUAAAAAGGGGGCGGGGAGUUAUUCAAAUAUAUUGAACCCGACAUCUGAACACUUGGCUGGUAUUGAUUUUAUCGAAACCAGAAAGAUGAAAGGUUGAAUUUGAGUUCGAAACAUAAAUACUUGUAACUAAAUCAAGCAUAGCUUUUUGUUCGACGCAUAUUUGAUUGUAAAAUAUUUUCUUCUCAAUCAGACUUAAGUAAAUAAAUGUUAUGUUUAGAAUAGUUGGAAAUCGAAGAAUUUUUUGGUUGGAAAAGAAAAAUUAUCUUUAAGGUUUCUCAAGAUGGAAGGAAAAUAACCAGAAGAUUCUAGAGAUUUAACGAAACGAAAUUUGUGAAUAUUUAGCUGUAAAAAUCCCAACAUGACAAAUUAUGUUUAUUGGAGAUUAGAACGCAUAUCCUCGAAAUCCAGGCUAUUAGUGGCUCAGUGAAAAUUUUUAAGACACGCCAAAUAUUUUCCAUCUGAAAUUCUUUAAAUGAAAAUAUGCACAUACUUAGUUGUGUGCAACUUGAAGAGGCACAUCUAAAAAGUAAUGAUGCACAUACGCUCACACACACACACACGCACACACACACACACACACACAAACACCUGGGUAUUAAAGAGACAUUCUCACACAGAACAUAAGUGCCGUUGCAUACACCUAUAUAUAUGCACACAAUAACUCAAUCACAUUUGCAAAACCGGGAACUGGCUCAAACUCAAAAAGUCUUGAUAACCAGUUAGAUACCGGUUUGUAUUCCAUGAAGUAGAACCUACCUACCUACCUAUCUAUCUACCUACCUACCUACCUACCUACCUACCUACCUGCCUGCAUACAUACAUACAUACAUACAUACAUACAUACAUGAAUGCAUACAUACAUACAUACAUACAUACAUA